AUGGCCAGCUCGACUAGGUCGCGGGGUCACGUCGCUUCGUCGUCUCCUCUGCCCUCUGUCGAUGAAAUAUUUUCCAGGAUCAUAAAGCCGCCAACGCAGAAUGAUCACGUCUUCAAGUCAACAACCGAAUUUCUAGAACGCCAAUCCGUCGGCGCCGCGAGCUUUAUCCGACCCGAACGCGUUUCAGUUGACUUGCUUACCCCCCGCAAGCCAAGUCCAGAGGCUAUUGAACCCGACUCGGACGACUCGGUCUGCGUAAUAAAGAUUCCCGUUCCAGGCACAAGGAAAGCUAGACGCAAGAAGGGCUCGGGCAAACUUCGCGAGCUGAAGCCGAAAUCGAAGAAGCCAACGACAGAGGAGAGGUCACAGGAGAAAAAGCCAUGGAUGAAGUAUAGGGCCAGUGAAUCGCCGAAUGGCAAAUCGAAGAGCAAUGCCACCAAAGAGUCUGGCAAGAGUGCCGAGAGAGUGCGAAGUCACCACUUCCCGACACCAGUCCAAACGAAGCAGACUGACGAUGACGCUGAACCACGCCUCCUUCCCCAAAAAGAAUCUCCACCGGACGAGCCUUUGGACCUGGCACUUGCGUCGAGAAGGAGGGCCAAUUGGACGCCGCCGCCGGCGCAACAACUCGGCCCAGAAGGUUCGCGGUCUUCUGAUAUUGAGGAGCUUUUGUCCUCCGCUGCUAGAAACUGCAAUGCCGCCGCUGCACGGGUCUCUUUUGAGAGUCUUCUAGAAAACUACGUCCGCAAGGAAAACGCAAGCGAUGGCAAGCGCUCUGAAACGCCAGAGGGAAUACCCGAUGCUUUAAAGAAACGAAAACUCGCACAACCCGUACCGAACAGUGACUCUGCGACAGUCUCUCGGGACACUUCACCCGCCAAAAAGGCGCCCAAACGAAAGAAGCCACGGACUAUCACCGAGCUUGCUACGGCAGCAUAUGCUGCACCGGAAAAACCAGAAGCUGCGCCUGCAGCAUCGCUUCUCGCUUACGUAGAACAACAAACUAGCGGAGUCACUGCUGCCGCAAAGGGCAAGCCCAGAAAGAAGACUACUAAGAGCAAGCGGCUUCAAAAGGCACCAGAACCAGCUUCGAUUCUUUUAUCUCCAGGGACAGCUAUCAAGAAGGUCGCCAACCAAGACUUUGUAUUUGGAACGUCCAGCCAACUUGCCAGAGAGCACUCGCCGACCUUCCUUCGAGAUAUCCAGGCUGCUGUGCGUGCUUCCAAUUCGAUCUUAGAUGAGCCGGAUCCCUUCACAACCCCCUUGAACAGCGACUCUAUCGAGCCACCACCUCGCAAGAAGCUAUGGGAAGUUGGCGCUCGCGACGAUGACGGCAGGCUUGUUGAUCUCGAAAUCAUUGAUUUAGUAGGCACCCCAGCGGCCAGUGUUCCCGAACACGGGGAUUCUUUUGGAUAUUUGCAUGAAAAAAAUGCAAUCCAGACUAGCAUGGCCGAAGUCGACGAAGAAGUAGUGCUUCCCAAGCUGAGCCCGGCUUCUGCGGUCUCGGCAAACAUGGACUCGGCAGACGCCUUGAGAGAAAUUGUACCCUGCAUGAUCUCGAGCGACACUGGCGACUUGGGCACGGCGAAGAUCUCCGAUGUUCAGCAACAGAUUUGCACGCCGCCUAAUUCUAUGCAUCCAAGCAAAGCCCUAGAGCUGCUCGAUGUUCCCGCGCCCGAGCCAGUCUGUGCACCGGUUGCUAUGGGCGUCGAACCUGCUCUCGCUGGCCCGGCGAGACCCAGAUAUGAACUCUAUACUGAUGUACAGCUUACCAAGGAAGUUAAAAAAUUUGGUUUCAAGCCGAUCAAGCCGCGGACGGCCAUGAUUGCUUUGCUCGGCCAAUGCUGGGAGAGCCAAAACCUGCCCAGAGUGGCUUUGAGCCCGCUACCCUCCAACCAGCCAUUAUCUACGAUGUCCGGACUGACGUCUAGCGCUGUGGUAUCGAGGGCUACAGCUCCUGAAACCUUGAAGAGACCACGUGGACGACCAAGGAAAGAUAGUACCCCCGAGGUCAUACCUAAUGAACCACCGCCGUCUGCUCAGCCUCCCGCCCCAUCACCAAAACGGCCCCGUGGUCGACCCCGCAAAGAUGCCGGUAGUCCAGCUGCCGCUUCCACAACCAAGUCCAAGCCCAAGGUGAAGCCCAAGGCCAGCGGUCAAGGGACCAAGAAGGCCGCAAAGGCAGAGGAUGCAUUGGCGGCAGCGACACCGACAAGCCGACCGAAGGUGCCACGACCACGAGCUGUGGCAGCUGAGGUUAUCGAGAUACCCGAUUCCGCCUCGGAUGGGUCGCUGCUUGCUUCCUCGCCCGAGAUGCGAUCCUCGUCGCCACCAGCUGUGGACGUCUGUCUGUCGCUGGACGAAGAUGCCGAGAUGUCACUUGCGCCGUCUGUCACGAGUACACAGUCAAACCUCAUGGACCACAUUACCAAGGCAGUGAAGGCGGCACCGCCAACGCAAGACCCCAAUGAGCCAUCAUGGCACGAAAAGAUGUUGAUGUACGACCCAGUCAUACUAGAAGACCUUGCUGCAUGGUUGAACUCGGGACAAUUGUCGGAAGCGGGGUAUGACGGGGAGGUGUCGGCGUUCGAAGUCAAACAAUGGUGCGAGUCAAAGAGUAUACCCAUGGUCAUUUUGGGCUUACAAGUUGGCGCAUAA